AUGCUGGACGGCCGGUCGAACGCGGAGGUCAUUGGGUGGCAGGGGCUGUGCCGCCUGACGCGCCUGCGCGCGCUCGUGCUGCCGCUGCUGCAGCUGCAGCACGACGGCGGCGGCGCGCUGCCGGCGCUGCAGGCCGCGCUCCGCGGCGCGGUCAUCGCCAAUGUGAGCGCGGCGUUUGGCGCGCAGCACGGGUGCCAGUGGUUCGGGCAGUUUCCGGAGGCGGAGCGGGAGUGGUGGCGGGCGCCGGCGGCGCCGUGGGAGUGGCACCCCUACCUCACAAUCACAGUUUGA